GCGACAUUUCUUUUCUAUUAUCUCUUAUAUAUAUAUAUAUCUAUUAUAUACUAUAUUCUAUGGCACCAGGCACUCCCGUUUGUGAAAUGAAGUGGUUAUGCUCUCUUUGUCGAUCGCGGAUCCGGGAUCGGUUUCAUUUGUUAAUUAUUGUUAGAAUUGUUUGAAUGUUUGAUUACCGGCGUUGGCUCAGAUUACGUAUUUCUGUUUGUCACUUUGUAAUUUGUAUUAAUAUGUUUUUAUUACGUUUGAAUUGAUAAGAAUUUGUGCCUAUGUAGCUAUUUCAUUACAGUAAAUAAUAUAAAUUAUUUGAGAAGUAAUUAAUUGAUAGUUAGCAUUUGUUUUCCAAAUUGGAUCCGAAAAACUUCAUAGACUUUUUAUCACUGUAAAUAAGCUGUUUUUGAUCAUACAGCAUAUGCUAUGAAAAACAUCUUUACAUAAGAUAAAAUAACAUAAUUAUCAUGGGCAAAAUAGUAAAGGUUUGUCCGAAUUGUUGUCAGCUUUAUCACCUAAAGGCUCUUGACCGAAAAGCAUAUGGUAACAUUCCAUUGUUUCUCUCAUGUGGGCACUCAAUGUGUGAAACUUGUGUGAGGAAUUUGGUAAAAUUUGCUGAACCAAUAGAAUGCAAAACAUGCCAUCAAGAUAUGACCCUUGAUGUAAAAGAACUGGCUUCCUUGGUGGAGAACAAGGUCUCACUAUAUGAUCUGUUUCCUAUCAAUGUUUACAUGCUUGGAGAGUUGGCAAAACAAUAUAUUAAUCAGCCAAGUAAUGAAAAUAAAAAUAAAGAAGAUGGGAAAUGUUACAUUGAUCUCGAAGCUAUAGUUAAAAGCACUGAAACUACCGAAGGACACUGUUUGGAGUGCCAUGCACCUACAAUUAAGAUGUGUAAACAGUGUAAUAUUGUACUGUGUUUGAACUGUUUCAACAGGACCCACAAAAACUUUGUGAUAUUUAAGGAUCAUAUCCUUCAGAAUAUUGAAUUGAAUAUUGUACCAAGCACAUGCAAUCAACAUAAAGAUAAACCACAGGACUACUACUGCAAGACAUGCCAAAAACCAGUCUGCAUGGACUGUUUUAUGGUUGGCGGUGAGAAGUCUUGCAAAAACCAUGAUGUUGUUUCCAUUCAAGAAGUGAAUGAAGUAUUUAUCACAGAACUCACAGAAAUUGUGCCAAAGAUUGAUGAAUUAUAUAGGAGACUGACAAAGACUGCAGUUGAAAUCGGAAAUUCCCUGCAAAAUAUGCAAAAUGAAAACGAAACUACAGAUCUGACAAAACUGAUGAACACUAUUGAUCAACAUUACUCCAAACUGACGUCACAAAUUGAUAAACAGAAGGCGGAUGUUACAACUCUGUUAUGUAAACUGGCGACUGCGGAAAAUGAUUCAUUGGUAAAGGCCAAAGCAGAAGUUGAGAAUUCUAUAAAGAAAGCUGCAAAAUUUUCAAAUGCUGUUAAGCAACUGGAUCCUAAUCAACUAAAGAAGGUCAAUGUAUCAGCAAUACUUGAAGAUGCCAAGAGGCUGUUGGAGGCACCAUGGUAUUUGAAUAAGGGUGGAUCAAAUGAUGCUAUCAAAUUAUCAGUGAAGGAAGAACUGUAUGAACCAUUAAAAGACUAUGUGAGUUUGGAAGGCGUCAAUGAUGUGUCGUAUAAACUUUGUUCUACUUCGGAGUUGAAGGAGAAAAAUAUUGAUCUACCGGAAGCGCCUAAUACACCUGUGUUUCCGCCAAAGAUGAUUGCAGAUGUUAGAGAAAACGCAAAGCCGACUGACAAAGAGGUCACGAGAGCCCCAACACUUUACAAGACGGCACCAAAGUAUCACACCAAGACUGGAUCCUGUUCGUCCCUCAACUCGAUUAACAGUGAUUCAUCACUAAACUGCUACAACUCCUACAUUCAAUAUAAAAAACCCAUGAUACAACAAGUUCAGCCCUUUUUGGAGAGUCAACACCCAAGACAACUUGAAGAAGGUAGCCAAGAGCUAGUAUACAUAACCCACAUAGUGGAUCCUCACAAUUUCUUCGUGCAGCGCGCCUGUCAUCAAUCUAAGGUCCAGGAACUGUUGAGGGAGUUCCGAAACGCCAAGUCGACCCCAAUGCCGUCUGCUAAUCAUAUCACUGAAGGAAAGGUGUACCUCGUGUAUAGCCGGUCAGAUCAACUUUGGUUCCGGUGCCGCAUCAUGAACAUUGACCGCAGCAAACCCAACGCGAUUGAGUACCAGGUGUUCUGCAUUGAUUUCGGCGUCACCGAGAGUGUCCCUAUUGAUCAACUUCGUGUCCUACCGCCGGUGCGCGUGCAUACUCCACCGCCAUUCGCCAUCAACUGUUCGCUCGCUAACUGUGAACCCAAGAAUGGCAUAUGGUCCAGUGAUGAUGCUUUCCUGAUACAGAAAAUCAUUGAUAACAAGCAGGCAGUGAUCCACGUGCGCCGGCUCCGCGCGCCGGCCGGCGGCGGCGUGAAGCUCGAGUGUGACGUCACGACGUUCGAGCACGGCGUCAGCGUGGCGCACGCACUCGUGUUCCACGGCGGCGCCAUGAUGCCGCAGAGGCUGCCGUAUCCAAAGGCGCAGGGAAUUGCAGAGAAGCCCAAAAUAUUUAUCAGCAACAAUGACUUCAAGCAAAACUCAAUUGAAGAGGUGAUGAUCACGCAUAUUGUGAGCCCGGACAAUUUUUUCAUUCGAAAGUGCCAUCAGCAAGGUGUAUACGAAAAGCUUUGUGCAGACUUAGAACAGGAAUAUCACACGCACUUGCAGAGCAACUACAUAUACUUACCCGAGAAAAAUAUGGCGUGCGUGGCGCGGCCUGACAAGAACAGCAAUGAGUGGUUCCGGGCCGUCAUCAAGGACACGCCGGGCCAGGGCCGCGUGCGGAUCGUGCUGCUCGACUGCGGCGCCACGCUGUUGCUGCACUGGACCGCGCUGCGCAGGAUACACCCCAAGUUCACAACACUCAAAGCGCUUGCAACAGAGUGUCAUUUGGCCGGUGUGACACCUGUUAACAAUAUGUGGAGUCAAGGCUCCGUUGCGUUGCUGAAGAGGUUUGAAAACAAAUCGUUGGAACUUCACGUCGAGGAUAACAGGAAUCGUAACUCCAUCGGGGUCACACUCUACGAUAAGACUGAUCCCGACAAUGAGCUGUGUGUCAACAAACUGAUGGUUCAGCACAAGUAUGCCGUUACUUUCGGAAUAUACAGGUUCAAUGAUACUGAUCACACUGAGCAAGUGUAUAUAAAAAAGUCACCUAAGCUUACUGAAAAACCGAUUCCAAAAGGAAACAAUAAAAAAAAGGCAGUCGCUGCAACAUCAAAGCAAUCUACUGACACUGAAGAUGAUUUGAAAGCGAAACACAAGGGACCUCUACGGUUGGAAGCUAAAGUACUCAACUGUCAAUCACCAUCAUUGAUCUAUGUAUCGCUGGUUCAGCAGCAGAAGACAUACAAUGAAAUGUUUGAUAGCAUUCAAAAGUAUUAUUCAAAGGCUACCGAUGCGCAAGUGAAGUGGAAUGUAGGUGACCGUUGCGUCUGUUUGUGUAUUCAAUCUAAAACAUGGAGGCGCGCAGCGAUACUAGAAAUAAUGGAGGAUAAUGUUAAAGUUUUCUACUCGGACUUUGCUUUUGUAGAAACCGUUCCAAUGAACAGCUUGAGGAAGCUGGCUAAAGAGUUUACGGAGAUCGGUGACGGUGCAAUUAUGUGCCACUUGUAUGGCGUGACUCCGGCCGUGGGCGAGGAAUGGCCUUCUCUCACCAAGGAAUUCCUGAAGGAAUUAUUAGAUGCGUAUCAACGCAUUUUCAUUACUAAAACUGGGAGUUUUAAAGGAAAGAGUAUGCCAGUCGAGCUGUGGGUAUACCACACCAUACAGGGUGGUGCACUUGAACCCAAUAAAUCGGAAUGGCGAUGUCUGAAUAAGAAGAUUAUAGAACAAGGAUUAGCGAUUCCUGAUAGGAGUGAAGAGGCCACCUUGGACACGGACACUGAAAAAACUGGAGACAACGCGCUUGCGUUUCUCAACAUGGCCGGCUCAGUGAACGAUUGGUUGCAGAUCGAAUCCCUACCGAGCAAACCAUUUCAGGCUAUACAAGAUAUGGCGCACAGCUCCAAUCGGACGACACCCGACCCGGGAGAACCAGGAACUUCGAAUACGCCGAACGUAGAGUUAAUAUCGGACUGGAAGCAAGCUGAUGAUCUCAAGAGUAACGAAUUUACGGCUAUUCCUACAAAUAUUGAUGACAACGCCAUAAUCUAUUUGCACGAGAUCGACCAAGAAGCUACGUUGGAAAUGAUUCGCAAAGCAUUAGAUGUCCGUUUUCAAAAACCCGACCCUAAGGCCAAAUACGCAAAAUGGACGGUGGGCGAGCCAUGUAUAGCUCAAUUCUACCUCGAUAAUAAAUUUCAUAGGGCUCGUGUUGUAGAAGUCAACGAUAGCUCGACAUGUCGCGUGCACUUUGUAGACUACGGUAACGAAGAAGUUUGCAGUUUUGAAAAUAUGAGAAAGAGCAUUUUGAUGUACCAAAUACCAAUUCAGAGUCACAAAUGCGUUAUGAGUAGAAUAAAACCCAUUGGUAAAAAAUGGGACGUUCAGAUAUUGGAGUAUAUUCAUAAAGCGAUUGUGGAUAAGCAAUGUUUUGUAAAAGUUAUUGGCGAAACAGUUGACGGGAUUACACCUAUCGACCUGAAGAUUGAUAAACUUUGGAUGAGCGAUCAUUUGGUGGAUCUUGGAGUGGCAAAAUAUACCGACGGUAGCAAAACAGUAGUCAGGAAAUACGCGCCAAGUAUGAAAUCUCCAGAACCAGUUGAUGAAUCUGACUCCGGGCCAGAUUAUAUAAUCUCGAAAGACGAUAAUUUUGAAAAGUCUUCUGAUUUCUCACUGCCAGGCCAUGGCGACAGUAUCGAAGUCCAAGACUGGAACAAACUAAUGAAGGACGACGACGAAGACGAAGAUUGCGAGUUUGUUUCUUACACACCUUACAAUGAGACUGAAUUUGAAUGUAACGUUACUGUUGUCAAUGACGUGAACACACUUGAAUUGAGCAUCGUCUGGGAUCAUGAUAAAAAUUUACAAUACGAAAAAAUAUUCAAAGAGUUAGAAGAAGAAGGCAGUAAUUUCAAUCCUCUUAAUGGAAUUUUAGCAAAUAAAGCGUGUGCCGCAAUUUUCCCCGACGACGGGUUGUGGUAUAGAGCUGCUAUUCUGCAGUACAGCCAAGUAAAAGGUCAAGUGAAAGUUAAAUAUGUGGAUUAUGGUAAUAUCGCUGUAGUGUCGCUAGCAGAUGUUCGAGAAAUAACCGAUAAAUAUUUACAAUUACCGCCGGCUACCAUAUCUGCUAAAUUGCACGAUGUCACUGUUAAUCCUGCUAUUGAUGUCUCCAAAGUUGCAGAAGAAUACUCGAAAGUAUUUUUAGAUAAUGGCCCAUUCCAUGCUAAAGUUAUGCAAUGGGAUGGUGAUAUUCCGUCUGUUCAAUUGAAGAUCAAUGACGAAUUAGCUUAUAAGAGUCUUUAUGAAAAACGUAUAUUUUUAAAAAAAGGUAAUCCUGAAGUCAAACUUUAACUUUUACCAAGUACAACCUUUUUUUUUCUAAUUAUUAAACUAAGAUUACAGAGUCGUUAUGUUUUUUCUUUAAGUUGUGUUACUUUUAUUCGUUAAAUAAAUACUCAUAUGAAA